UUUCGAAUCAGUAAACAAUCCUCGCCAAUCUCUGCUUCCCGAUCGUAAAUUGUAAAUGCGUGCUUACCGUCUUUUCGAUGGCAUCUGUUCUGAAACAAAUUUCGGUUCACGUUGCUUCGAGCGUUAUAUAAAAUAGCUAUUAAUUUCUCAAGUUGAGUAGCAAAUUCACGGUAAAUAACCUGUGGUUACCUAUAUCUGUAUUGAACAAAAGUCAUUACAAUAAAAAAUGGGCACAUCAUAACGAAUGACGUGGAUACAAGUUAGAUUAGGUUAGGGUUGGUUGAUAGGUGGCACCCGUGUGGCAAUAGUUUAAAAUUUGCGUGGGGAUAGUUAUUAAAUUUAUUUAUUGCAAAGAUGUUUGAAAUCACGGACACACAAAAAAUCGGAGUAGGUCUAGCCGGAUUUGGGAUAACGUUCCUCUUCCUCGGCGUGUUGCUCCUCUUCGACAAGGGUCUUCUGGCUAUUGGAAACCUCCUGUUCAUUUCUGGUCUCGGAUGUGUCAUCGGACCUCUCAGAACUCUGAACUUCUUCUUUCAGCGACACAAAUUAAAAGGCAGUGCUGCAUUUUUAGGUGGUAUUUUUGUUGUACUCCUGGGCUGGCCCUUGGUUGGCAUGAUAAUUGAAACCUAUGGUUUUGUUAUUCUGUUUAGUGGAUUUUUGCCAGUGGCAAUAAACUUCCUUCGAAGAGUACCAAUCCUUGGGACAUUUUUGAAUAUGCCAGGAAUAAGCAGAGUGCUAGACAUGCUGGCUGGUGACACAAACAGAACUACAGUAUGACCUUUUCAAGGUUACUUAAAAUAAUUUCGCUCAACCAUACUGAAUUGUAAGAUUAUUAAAAACAAUCCUAAUAAUCUUCCAGUGUUCGCGCAUACAUAACAAUGUAUUGACGUUUUGGAAAAAUGUAUAUUGUGGACAAAA